GAGAUGGGUAUCCCUAUAAGGUGCAGCAUCGAACCAUCUGCAACAUUUUGACUCGUUUUCUUUUGUGUUUUUCUAACAUCUGUCUCUUCCUCACUCGAUCUCCCUCUCUUUUCUUUUUCAAUCUCCCCAACGAACCUCCCUUCAUAACUCUCUUUCUCUCCCCGGGAAAUAUGGAUAACUUCUUGCCCUUUUCCUCUUCUAACGCAAACUCUGUCCAAGAACUCUCCAUGGAUCUUAACAAGAAUCGCUCGCACUUCUCCAUGGCGCAGCCUCAGCACUUGUUGCCGCCUUACUCGUACGUUGCAUGUCCGGCACUUGAUCAGACGGGGACCAUGAAUCAUCAGCCUCUUCACUCAUCGGUUGCUUUUCCUCAGAUCCCGGUUGUACAAACCGGAGGUGAAUUCGGCUAUUUGGUUUGUAAGCCCGGUGUGAGGCAGGAACGAGGUGGAUUUCUUGAUCCACACUCCACUAAGAUGGCUAGGAUCAACAGGAAGAAGGCGAUGCUAAGAUCAAGAAACAACUCUAACCCUAAUUCUAGUUCGAAUGAGUUGGUUGAUUCAAGGAGACAAGUGGCUCUUACCAUGAAAAAUAAUGCCGAGAUUGCUGCUAGAAAAGAUUUUUAUCGAUUCUCCUCAUUCGAUAACAAGAAACUUAGGGUUUUGUUGGUGAAGCACUUGAAGAACAGCGAUGUUGGGUCACUUGGGAGGAUUGUUCUACCAAAGAGAGAAGCAGAAGGAAAUCUUCCGGAGCUAUCUGAUAAAGAAGGAAUGGUAUUAGAGAUGAGAGAUGUUGACUCUGUGCAGUCUUGGUCUUUCAAAUACAAGUACUGGUCCAAUAACAAGAGCAGAAUGUAUGUCCUCGAAAACACAGGAGAAUUUGUGAAGAAAAAUGGAGUAUUGAUGGGAGACUAUCUAACAAUCUACGAGGACGAAAGCAAGAAUCUCUACUUCUCCAUCAGAAAGCACCCACACAAACAAAAUGAUGGAAGAGAGGAUGAGUCGAUGGAAGUUAUCGAGAUGAACUUCUAUGAAGAUAUAAUGUUUGAUUACAUACCAAAUGAUGAAGACGAUUCCAUUGCAAUGCUCCUCGGAAAUCUAAACGAGCACUAUCCCUACCCAAAUGAUCUUAUGGAUCUCACUGUCAAUCUUGAUCAGCAUCAGCAAGCCACCUCCUCGUCGCCACCUGCUGAUCACAUGAGCUCGAACGAUUUCUUAUGGUGAUGUGAUGGACGUUGAUAUAGAUUCCCUUUGAGAUGAUAUACAAGGGAUAAAAAGAAAAGAGUAUCAUAUUCAUAUCCAUAUUUGUUUGAUAAAAUGUGUUUGUUCCCAAUCUAUUAUUUAUGAAAAACUUAUUUGUGUUUAGCUCCAGAUUAAUUAAAUAUUUUUCAUUUGAC